UAACUUGAAUUACAUUAGCCUGAGAUUUUUCAAGUUGUAAUCCAUUCUGACACAGUCUAUCUAUGCAUGGUCGGAGACACUCAGAAACAAUCUGAUGGCUCUAGGGUGGGGUUUUUAUACAAAGUUGAGCCAUUGCUUUCAUCUGUGUUCAUGUUUUAAAUACUUUAGUUAUAGUUGAUACAAGCUAUGUACCUAUCGCUUUUACCGUAUAAGCUGAACACAUAAAUUAUAAGUUCCGGUCAGGCUUAGUUACGGCAGUAAAAGUUGGAAAUCGCUUCUUUCCUCUCCCUUUUUUUUUUCUUUUUUUACAAAAAUGAUAAGUUUCUUGUUGUUUUUCGUAAGGAUUAAUUUGGUGUUUCGAUCUAGGCGAGGCACAAAAAUGCGGACGCACAUCUAUCAUACAACCAGGCUUUUCCAGGGGAGGGGCGGGGGGCUGUUUCCUUGGGGUUCCAGAAUUAACAGGGCAUGGCCUCAAAAUGUUGAAAUUUGAGAAUUGGAACCUAAUUAAAAACUACUAUAACAAAAAAACUAGCGAUUUCACAAGUAGAACUUGCAACGAGGUGUCUGUCCAGAGUGUUUUCCUUUAUUCCUGCCCUAAAAUUCACAACCUUUUGUUUCUGCUUCUCCAAAGUGAACGUUUCUAGCAACCCAAUUCACCCUCCUAAAUUCGCCACUGUGAAUGCCUUGGUGGUCAUUUAUCUCUAUAAUGAUUCCCAUAUCAGACGGGAAGUUAUCGAUGCAGAGAAAGAAUGAAAAACACUUAAGGGUCAGAAGACUAUAGUGGUCGACUACGUAGGCAGGUCGUCUAGUAGUUUUAUAAAUAAACUCGUUUUGAUUUCGAGGAAUAACACGUACUCAUUUUCACAUUAUUUCAUACCGCCUCCAAAAAAACACCAGGAAAAACAGUAAAUUAAAGUAGACAAAUUUGUAUUAUAGAGUUUUUAAACAGUGAAAUUCCGGUCAAUUCCUCCAGCUCAACCGAGCAUAGAAACGACCUUUCCUACCAGGCGAACUGCACGCGAGCCACUGUCUAAUAAUGUCUAUAUUAACAUAUGAAUCAAGUGCUUAUCAGAAUAGAUCACAAGGGACGUCAUGCGAAGCCCUAACUGAAUAUCCGACCCCAAGGUGGUAUACUUGAUUGAUGACUCGAUAUUGAGGUUUGCAAAAAUCAAAAUAAGUCGGUAAUAAACUGCGUGAUUCUGCAAUUUUUCAGCAGUGAGAUGUGAUCGCAUUGCGGAACACAAUUUCCUUUGUCCAAGAAACAGCAAUGUGGUACUGGAUCUUAGCAUGGUUCUUAACCAUUGUCACAACUAUUGGAAACGGACUUGUGAUUUACUUAAUCUUCACCAUUCGUCGAUUGCAAACUGUAGCCAACUGGUCUGUACUGUCUCUGGCCGUAGCUGAUCUGUUCGUUGGACUGACCUUCUUCCCUCUUCAAUUCGCUUUGAACAUAGACCAGUUGAAUGACCCUCCCAAGAGCCUUAGGCCGUUUUUCUUGGUCUCCCGCACGUUUCUUUACUUCUCGGCCGCAAACCUUUUCGUAAUGAUCUUGGAUCGCUACGUUGCUAUCGUUCAUCCGCUGAGAUAUCUCUCGUUUAUGACUUCAAGAGUGAUUAAAAUUGCCAUUGCCCUGGCGUGGAUUUCACCAAUCCUGCUGUUUACUGUGCCAUAUUUUCUGGAAAAUAAAAGCGAACUCCUCCUGAUUUUCAGGGUCGGCAUUUUCCAAGUUGUUCCCAUCCUAGUAUUUAUUUUUGUCGCAGCUCGAAUAUUCUUUAUCAUGCGGAGGAUUUCGAAGAGGACGUCAAGGAUUUUUGCUCAACUUCGUUUCAACCACGACGCGCCCAAGACAUCUUCCUCUGUAACUGAGUCUACCCUUGAUAGCAGAGCAGCCGCCAAAAUGACAGUGGCAAUUGUGUUUUUCUUCAUCGUUUGUUACGUCUUCGAGAACUACAAAUGUUUCUGCUAUGUGUUCGAUAUGUGCAGGCCAACUGCAACUCUUGUAGAAGCAGUUGACAUUCUCUUUGUUAUUAAUUCGGCCGCCAAUCCGAUAGCAUACGCUUUCCUCAAGAGAGAUGUAAAACUUGUCUUACAGCGUAUGCUGGUGAGUCGUAAAAUACACGUCCAAAGUGGAGCAGAAAUGUCCAGUGCAUCAGGGCAAGAAACGAAACGUUCGGUUGAAUCCUUGUGAUUGUAGUUGCUUCUAUUGUAUUUGGACAGAGCUAAGAUUUGACAGUUUUGUGUCCGACUUGCAACUUAAAUUGUUGCAAUGAGAGCCUUACUGCCGUGCAACGACCUGUAAUUUUGUAGUGGACAAUAUAUUUUGAAAUUAAUCUUUAAUUUAUGACUUGUGAUAAGAGACGAUGAUCUAUCGUAUCUUGAUUGUACAUAAUAGUUUGAAAAAUUCAAUUGAAAAAGGAACUGAAGAGAUCAAGGGUGCUUCAAGCUGUAUAUACUCAUUCGACAAUCCCUGCGGGACAAAUAAACACUGGCUUGUAA